GUGGUGGGCAAAUGGUUCAACUCGCUGGACAUCCGUACCGAGGAGCUGGUGUGGGCGCGGGGUACCAAGGACAUACCGAUCUCCGCGUGCUCGCUUCCCUGCGAGCCAGGUAUGAUAAAGAAGCAACAGGGUGACACUUGUUGCUGGGUGUGCGACCAGUGCGAGGAGUACGAGUACGUGCACGACGAGUACACCUGCAUGGACUGCGGGCCCGGCAAGUGGCCGCACGAGGACAAGAGGGGUUGCUACCAGUUGGCCAUAAAUCACAUCAGGUGGGACAGCGCGUUCGCGAUCGCCCCCGCGGUGAUCUCGUGCCUGGGGAUCGUGGCAACUAUGGCGGUCGCGUGCCUCCUGUUCCACCACAGGGACACGCCGGUGGUGAGGGCGUCCGGCCGCGAGCUGACCAUCAUCCUGCUAGCGGGGGUGCUCGUCUGCUACUUGAACACGUUCCUCCUCCUGGCCACGCCCACCACCGUCACCUGCAUACUGCAGAGGUUCGGCGUCGGGGUGAGUUUCAGCGCGGUGUACGGGGCGCUGUUGACCAAGACGAACAGGAUCGCGAGGAUCUUCGACUCGGCGUCGAGGACCGCGGUCAGGCCGAGGUACAUCAGUCCCGCGUCCCAGGUCUGCAUCGCGGCCGCCCUCAUCGCGUUACAG